UCUAAACCUGCUGCUGUACAACUACCGCAGUCAGAGCAGUGAAGGAGCGCAGUGGGCAGUGAAAGGUUACUCUGUAGUGACUGGGUGGAGCGCCAACAUGCAGAGUUUGGUGGUGCAGGCCCUGGCCAUGAGGCAGCUGGGAAGGCUGAACGCUUACAACGCACUGGCUGCUGGAUACGGACUGAAACAGACCGAGUGGUGUCCUCGGACCAUUCAUACCCGCCAGCUGUGGGGCUGCUCGGCUUUCCCUGCACUCGGCUGUCACAGGCCGGCUCUCCGCUGCAGAGACGCUGUCAAGACUUGGCCUGUUCACCAUCUAAGGUUUAAAAGCAACAAGAAGAAAGACGCUUCCAGAGCAACGCAGGAGGAUGAGGAGGAUGAAGAUGAAGAAGACCCAGAGGCCAGCGAUUAUGAGGAUGUGGACCCAAACCUACCAAAGGACUAUAAGGACAUGGAGAAAUAUGUGCAGUCUUUCCGCUAUGAUGUUAUCUUAAAAGCCGGCUUGGACAUAGCACGCAAUAAAAUUGAAGAUGCCUUCUACAAAAACAAGCUCAGAUUAAAUGGACAGAAACUCAUCAAGAAGAGUAAAACGGUCAAGGUUGGAGACACGUUGGACCUGGUGGUGUCAGAGAACCAAGAAACAAACACCGUUUCCUUGAUGAGAGUCAUCCUCCGGAGAGUCUUCAGUGAAACCAGCAACACAGAAAAAUACAAAGUAGGCGUAAGGCGCUGGAAAGUUCUUGAACUUCCCAAGGAUGAGGCCUUUAAGCCGUGAACUUGCAUAGGACAAUACUGACUGUAAUACGACCAGUGAGGGCAACACGCAGAGAAAUGCAUGCUGUCAAAUGACUGGCAUCUGAAUGGUCGCCAAGAAGCUGGAUUCAGAACGGAUGACAAAGGCAUAAAGGUUAACAGUUCUCAGUGGUUGCACACAUUAAGUAGCUGAUUGGGACAAUGACUUUUACUGUGGACCUUCCUCCUCUAUACUGUGUUCCCCAAUAAAGGUAUACUUUGAGCUUCUGAAAA